AAUAUAAGGCAGCAGUAGGAGCAGAGAUCUGCAAUAGAUAAACACACAGACACACAUAGACCAGAUGUCUUGCUCACAGACACACUCUAACAAGCGCUUAGAAACAGACGGUGUCAAAAUGGGGGAUUUUGGCUCUGAUAUUUCUGAUAGCUGGUUCUAAAAGGCUUUUUUUUCCAUCAAUCAAUUCAGUGGAAAACAGCUACCGAGAGAGAGGCAGGUGUGCCCUUUAAGAGAGGGGAAACAGCUGAGGCAAGGACAGCAUCCUCCUCUCCAUCCUCUGUGAAGGUUCUGCAAUACUGAAGAGUGUACGAGAGAGAGAGAGAGAGAGAGAGAGAGAGAGGGAGAGAGAAGGCCAGUCAAAGCUGUGAAGUUUUAUGUUGUCAUUCCUUUCACCUGGAGCUGAGCUGUGAUGGAUGGCCAUAGUCAAAGAUCUCACCCUGUCUGAGCGAGCCUUAUGAACAGAAGACCUAAUGGACAUCAAAGGCCAGUGUUGGACAGAUGAGGAGUCGGACGGGGAGAAUGAGUCAGAGCAGUUCCUGUACGGCAUUCAGGGGAGCUGCGCUGCUGACCUGUACCGCCACCCUCAGCUGGAUGCAGACAUCGAGGCAGUGAAAGACAUCUACACUGACAGUGCUGUCUCCGUCAGGGAGUAUGGAACAAUUGAUGAUGUGGACAUCGAUCUCCAAAUUAAUAUUAGCUUCUUGGAUGAGGAGGUUGCGACAGCCUGGAAAGUUAUCAGAACGGAGCCCAUUAUUCUGAGACUCCGCUUCUCUCUGUCUCAGUACCUCGAUGGACCCGAGCCAUCAGUGGAGGUUUUCCAGCCCUCCAAUAAAGAAGGCUUCAGUCUGGGCCUGCAGCUUAAGAAGAUCCUGAGCACGUUCACCUCGCAGCAAUGGAAGCACCUUAGUAAUGAAUUCCUCAAGGCCCAACAGGAAAAGAGGCACAGUUGGUUCAAAGCCGGGGGAACCAUCAAGAAGUUCCGCGCAGGACUCAGCAUCUUCUCGCCCAUUCCCAAGUCUCCCAGUUUCCCUCUGAUCCAGGACACGGUUUUGAAGGGGAAGCUGAGCGUCCCAGAGCUGAGAGUGACCCGCCUCAUGAACCGCUCCAUCUCCUGCACCAUGAAGAACCCUAAAGGGGAGCUCUUCAGCUAUCCACCCAACAGCCAGACUGUGGCUGUCCCGGCGGCCAGGGCCCCAGCGCAGAUUACCACGAGGCAGCUGAUUGAAUUGUUUUUCUCAUCCCAGGCGGGCGGCCACUGCAAGAACAUCCCUACCUUGGAAUAUGGCUUCUUAGUGCAGAUAAUGAAAUACUCUGAGCAGAGGAUCCCCACCCUCAACGAGUACUGCGUGGUCUGUGAUGAACAGCAUGUCUUUCAGAAUGGAUCUAUGCUGAAGCCGGCUGUGUGCACCAGGGAGCUGUGUGUUUUCUCCUUCUACACUCUGGGUGUGAUGUCUGGAGCUGCAGAGGAAGUGGCCACCGGAGCAGAGGUGGUGGACCUGCUUGUGGCUAUGUGUCGAGCAGCUCUUGAGUCUCCCCGUAAGAGCAUCAUCUUUGAGCCCUACCCAUCUGUCGUGGACCCCAAUGACCCCAAGACUCUUGCCUUCAACCCAAAGAAGAAGAACUAUGAGAGACUGCAGAAAGCACUGGACAGUGUCAUGUCCAUCCGAGAGAUGACCCAGGGCUCUUAUCUGGAAAUCAAGAAACAGAUGGACAAAUUGGACCCUCUGGCCCACCCCCUGCUACAGUGGAUUAUUUCGAGUAACAGGUCUCAUAUAGUCAAGCUUCCUCUGAGUCGGCAACUGAAAUUCAUGCACACCUCCCACCAGUUCCUGCUGCUCAGCAGUCCCCCGGCCAAGGAGGCUCGCUUUCGCACUGCCAAGAAACUGUAUGGCAGCACCUUUGCCUUCCAUGGUUCCCAUAUAGAGAACUGGCACUCUGUUCUGAGAAAUGGACUAGUCAAUGCCUCUUAUACCAAACUGCAGCUGCAUGGGGCAGCGUAUGGAAAGGGCAUCUAUCUGAGCCCCAUCUCCAGCAUAUCCUUUGGAUACUCAGGAAUGGGGAAAGGACAGCACCGCAUGCCCACCAAAGAUGAACUGGUACAGCGUUACAACCGCAUGAACACCAUCCCACAGAGCCGUCCAAUACAGUCAAGGUUUCUCCAGAGUCGGAAUCUGAACUGCAUUGCUUUGUGUGAAGUAAUCACAUCUAAGGACUUGCAGAAACAUGGCAAUAUCUGGGUGUGUCCAGUGUCCGAUCACGUCUGCACUCGUUUCUUUUUUGUGUAUGAGGAUGGCCAAGUGGGAGAUGCCAACAUCAACACCCAGGAGCCUAAGGUCCAGAAGGAGAUCAUGCGCGUAAUUGGGACCCAGAUCUACUCCAGCUAA